AGGGCCCUCCUCACGUGACGCGCGCCAAGAUGGCGGCGCCCGCGGAGGCUGCCGGCGCCAAGCGGAAGCGGAAGUGGCCGCCCCCGGGAUGCCCGCGGGGCCGGGUGCGCCAUGCUGCUCGCCGCCUACGCCGCCCUCGCCCUGCUGCUGGCAGCGGCGCUGGGGCUGGAGCUGGCCGCCCGCCGCUCGCGCCCCCCUGCUGCCGCCCCCCCCGGCGCCAACCCGGCCUUCGCCCGCUUCCAGCGGGGCUUCCUGCGUGGCUACCUGCCCGCACUGGCUGCCGACUGGCUGCAGGGGCCGUACCUGUACAAGCUGUACCAGCACUACGGCUUCGUGGAGGCGCAGAUCGCCGCGCUCUACGUCUGCGGCUUCGCCUCCAGCGUCCUCUUCGGACCCGUGGCCGCCUUGCUGGUGGACGCGCUGGGCCGCCGGGCGUCGUGCGUGCUCUUCUCGCUGACCUACUCGGCCUGCUGCCUCACCAAGCUGUCCCGUGACUACCUGGUGCUGGCGGCAGGGAGGGUGCUGGGCGGGCUGUCCACGGCGCUGCUCUUCUGCGCCUUCGAGGCCUGGUACGUCCACGAGCAUGUGGAGCACCACGACUUCCCGGCAGAGUGGGUGCCCGCCACCUUCUCGCGGGCGGCCUUCUGGAACCACGUGGUGGCCGUGGGGGCCGGGGUGGUGGCCAACGCUGCCGCCGAGUGGCUGGGGCUGGGCCCGGUGGCACCCUUCGUGGCGUCCAUCCCGCUGCUGGUGCUGGCGGGCGCCGUGGCCUUGAAGGACUGGGACGAGAACUACGGCAAGAAGCGGGCGCUCGCCAAGACCUGCGCGGACGGCCUGCGGCGCCUGCUGGUGGACCGGCGCGUGCUGCUGCUGGGCACCGUCCAGGCGCUCUUCGAGAGCGUCAUCUACAUCUUCGUCUUCCUCUGGACGCCCGUGCUGGACCCCCACGGGCCGCCGCUGGGCAUCGUCUUCUCCAGCUUCAUGGCGGCCAGCAUGGUGGGCGCCUCGCUGUAUCGCCUGGCCGUCUCCCCGAGGUACCGCCUGCAGCCCGUCCACGUGCUCUCGCUCUCCGUCCUCGUGGGCUUCUUCUCCCUCUUCAUGCUCACCUUCUCCACCAACCCCGGCCAGGAGAGCCCGGCUGAGUCCUUCGUGGCCUUCCUGCUCCUCGAGCUCUCCUGCGGGCUCUACUUCCCCGCCAUGGGCUUCCUGCGGCGCAAGGCGAUCCCGGAGAAGGACCGGCCAGGGGUGACGAACUGGUGUCGAGUCCCGCUCAACCUGCUGGCCUGCCUGGGGCUGCUGCUGCUGCACGGCGCCGACCGCGGGUCCGGCACCCGCAGCAUCUUCUCCGCCUGCUGCGGCCUCAUGCUGCUGGCGCUGCUCGCCGUCGUCGGCCUCUUCUCUGUUGUCCGCCACGAUGCUGAGCUCCGGCUGCCAGCCCCGCAGGGCCAGCCUGAUGCCCCUGAGCUGUGACGCAGGAGGGGGCCCCGGGGGUGCCGCUGGGGCCCCAGCGCGUGGUGUGGUGGCCCAGGGGGGAAGCCCGCCCGGCUGGUGACCCCCAUGGCACCCCCCACCCUCGCGUCCUGCUGGGGACGGCGCUGGAAGCACACGGGGACGGAGCGCCGCAGGGUGAGUGCCCCCUGUGCAGCCCCGCACCCCUCAUCUUCCCUUUUUCUAAAGAAAAUAAAGCGUUCCCGCAAGUGCU